CUGUACUUUUUGUUAGUCAUAUUUGUUAAAAUUAAUUCAAUCUAUUUAAAAAAUGUAAAAUUAAAAUGUACCUAGGUACGGUACCUACAUAUAUCAUAAAAAUUUAUCGUACAUAGCUAUUAUUCGAUAUCUAUAACGUUUAGGUCUUUCUACGCCCUAUUAUGUCCUUCAGUUUCCUAUUCGUAUUUUGACAUAUUGCCCGCUCCAUCUGCGAGGUGCAAGAUUGCAGAAGGUAAUUUAUUACAAAAUUUAAAUAUUAAAAAUUGUGUAAUCGCUGUAAAUAUGUCCGAUUCUCAGCUUUAUUGGAGCUGUAAAAGAUCAAUGGAAGAAGAACCAAUACCAUUGGGUAAGCUACCGAUGAGCAUCAUCGCCCCUCCUCUCCAUCCGUCGCAAGCACCUUCCGAUUGCUACCCAGUUUCUACAAUACCAGAUGAUGUUAAUGAGAUAGUUGAAAUACUAGAGCGCUCGGCAUCACUGCCAGAUUUUCUUCCUGAAUUAAAGAAAGAGCACUGCAUCUUAGCUUUCCAACACUCAUUUUAUGUAAUAUCAGGCGACAAUCAUGACACUUCAGACAUAAUGGAAGGAACUGAGGAUGAUCUCAACGCUCCAUCCACCUCAAAUGCAAAUACGAUGACCUCAUCAACAUCUACAGCAGUAGAUUGUGCGGGCCCACAGUCAGCAUUUAAUACUUAUUUUAUUCCCGGUGAUAUAGGACCAGCACCAUUCAGAAACAAAGAGGCUUCCGAGAAAAUGAUUGUUAUUAACAAUAAAAUAGAUGCGGCAAAAGAAGAUGAGAAUAUAAAAAUAAUAGAAAAAGAAGUGUACAGAUUACACAAUGAAGCCACACAUGCUUAUUUCAACCAUUUUUACGAAACUACGAUUGCUAAACUAAAGAUCGCUGAAGCCUUUCUGAACUUAGCUAUCAUCUGUGACUAUGAUCAAUUCGAUCGCAUCCGAAAACUGAUGCUUCGUACUUAUAUAUGUUUAGCCGACGCCUAUACUGAGAGCCGUCAGAUCAGUCAAUGUAUACUUAUCAAUCAAAGAAUCAACACAGAAUUUAGUGUGGAUGACGUAGUUAGAUAUAAAUUUUUAGAAUUUCAAAUUUUGACUGAAAAUUCUGAUGCUCCUGUGCCUGUUGAGCGACACGUAUAAGUUGGUAUUUGACUGCCGAAUAAUACAACUGUUGAAGGCAAAUUAUCUACUAACAAUGCACCAAAGUAGUGCAUUUUCAACUUGAGAGAUCAUCAAAUCAAAUAUCCGGAGCUGCGGACAACCGGG